CAAAACGCCAAGAACAAAGGUGUCUCUGUGAGAUUGAAUCGUAGCCAUCGAGUCCAAUUUCUAACCGGAACCGCUUGAUUUCGCUGUCUUCUAGUUCUGCGACCUAUCAUCGCUUUAGUGGAAAGGAGGAAGAAACAUGGAGAUUUCGAGAUGGAUUUGACUACUCCAAGAAACCCAUAAAGAUCUUUGAUUUGAAAAACCUAAAUUCCAUCCACUAUGCUAACUUUGAGACCUUUUGUGCCUGUAACAACAUUAAAGCCUCGUUUUUCAUACAACAUUCCGCAUCAUCAUCAUCACAUUCGCUUGUGCAAAUCUCCUUCAUUAAUCUUGAGAACAAAUGCUCAAAAUGGCAACGACUCGGCCAAGGAGUCUUCUGGUGGCGGAAACAGACCUGUUACUAACGAUGAUGGUAAUGGUUCCAAGAAAGACCAAUUCGCUGGUUUCAGUUUCAAGUGGGGAGAGCUGUUGAAUCCAGAUCAAGAUAACUUUGUGGCUGUUGGAUUAGCUGGAGUGUUGACUUGGGCUAGCCUUCAAGUCUUGUCUCAGCUUUUCUUCAUCUCUUUCGCCAUCCUUGUCGCUGCUCUCAAGUAUUCAUUUAUCGCUGCUCUACUCAUUUUCAUUCUCGUCACUCUCCUCUAGCUUUGUCUACUAUUGUCUUUAUAAUGGUCAUUUACUACUAAAGAAUUUGUACCAACAACGAUUCAGAUUCUACUCUGUUAUUGUAAUCGAUUUGAAGAAUUACUACAGAUACAUGCAUGAAUGUACAUUUGAGCUUGGUAUC